AUGGCGCAUCACCACGUCAUCAUCGCCGCCUUGCUCCUCUCUAUCGCCAUUGCUGCAGCCGCCCAAUCCCCCGCCGCCGCCCCAACCACCACCCCUACUCCUCCCUCCAAACCCACCCCCAACCUCCCCUCUCCUACCGCCGCCCCGCCCCGGUUAGCUCUCCACCCCUCUCUCCCCACAUUGCCUCCCCCAUCCCCCACCCCCGUCGCAUCUCCUCCGGCAGUCACCACUCCAUCCCCCGUCGCAUCUCCUCCGGCUGUCACUACCCCAUCCCCUGUCGCAUCUCCUCCGGCGGUCACCACCCCAUCCCCUGUCGCAUCUCCUCCCGCGGCCACCAUCUCAUCCCCCGUCGCAUCUCCUCCGGCUCUCGCCACCCCAUCCCCGGCCGGCUCCCCUCCGAUCCCUGCUGAGAUCCCCGCCCCAGCUCCUAGCAAGAAGAAGAAACACUCCAAGAAGAAGAAGGCUGUCUCUCCUUCUCCGGCCGUCAGUCCUCCGAAACCCUCCGUCGGUGGUCCUGUCAGCAGCGACGCAUCCUCUCCCGGCCCCGCCGCUUCCGCCUCCGCCGACGCCUCACCGAAUGGCGCGGAAAGUGUGAGGAUGAGAGAAGUGCUGAUCUCGGGGUUGGCUGCGAUGAUCUUGGCCGUUGGAUUGCUUGCCUAGAGAUGAUGGAUGUUGCUGUACAAUAAUGGUUGAUAAUAAUAAGGCUGUCUUUUUAGAUUUAAUUAGUGUUAUUUUUACUUUUUAAUUUUUAAUUUUUUUUUAAAUUUUUAUGGCCAUUUGUAGUUUAUUUUAUAACACACAUCGUCGACAUCGAUCACUUGAUGUAAUUUUUUGUUAUUUUUUAUUGUUGAUGUUGUAUUGCUCA